AUGUCGAUCCUGUCAUUUCAGGAUGUUUUCGUGACAUUUGUCAUAAUAUUCUUGGUCAUUGUUAUUGAAACCUCUCGGGUGAAAGACAUCUGCAACGAGCUAGAAGUGCGAGUGUUGUGCCACAAGAUCCUACAGAACGUAUUGAUAUUACUUGACGCGGACAGGGGGUCUCUGUUUCUCGUGCAAGGGGAGAAAAUCGCUACGCCUAAUCAACAGAAUGGCAGAUGCCUAGUAUCAAAACUGUUCGACGUAUGCUCCAAGUCUACGCCGGAGCAGAUGGAGCAGCUGGAGGAGAUCCGGAUACCGUGGGGCAGCGGCAUCGUAGGCUACGUAGCCGAGAGCGGCGAGCCCGUUAACAUACCUGACGCUUAUAAGGACGAAAGAUUCAACCACGACAUUGAUCAACAGACGGGCUACAAAACGAGGUCUCUCCUCUGCAUGCCAAUUAAGGAUAUCAACGGAGAAGUUAUCGGUGUCGCCCAGGUGAUAAACAAACUGAACGACGGUGCUUUCACACCAAAUGACGAGAAAGUAUUUUCGGCAUAUCUUCAAUUCUGCGGCAUUGGACUCCGGAACGCGCAGCUAUACGAAAGGUCCCAAUUGGAAGUGAAGAGGAAUCAGGUGCUGCUGGAUUUGGCGCGGAUGGUGUUCGAGGAGCAGAGCACCAUAGAGCUCAUGGUGCUCAGGAUAUUAACACACACGCAGAGUCUUAUACGGUGUCAGCGGGUGCAGGUGCUCCUAGUUCACGAGGCAUCCAAGGGCAGCUUUUCACGGGUAUUCGACUUGGAGGCCGGUGACGAAGCUGAUCCAGAGACGCCGAGAACGUCGCCCUACGAGAGCCGUUUCCCAAUCAACAUAGGCAUCACUGGAUACGUUGCUACCACGGGAGAGACGGUGAAUAUCCCAGAUGCAUACGCAGAUCAUCGCUUCGACCCCGCAGUGGACGAAGGUACGGGCUUCAAGCACAACACCAUCCUCUGCAUGGCUAUUAAGAACUCCGAGGGCAGAAUCAUUGGUGUAAUCCAGCUCGUAAACAAGUUCGAUGGCCUGCUUUUCACAAAGAACGACGAGAACUUCGUGGAGGCUUUCGCGAUAUUCUGCGGCAUGGGCAUCCACAACACGCAUAUGUACGAGAAGGCCAUCACUGCCAUGGCUAAGCAGAGCGUGACACUUGAUGUAUUAAGUUACCACGCGUCAGCUUCGUUGGAUGACGCACAGCGGUUGCGGACCCUUCGGAUACCUUCGUCUGUUCACUUCAAUCUCCACGAGCUAGAGUUCGAUGACAUUGAUAUGUCCGACGACGAUACACUAGCUGCAUGUCUGCGAAUGUUCCUGGACCUUGAUUUUAUAGAGAGGUUCCAUAUAGAUUACGCAGUUCUUUGCCGAUGGCUUCUGAGUGUGAAGAAAAACUACCGCAAUGUAACUUAUCACAAUUGGAGGCAUGCGUUCAACGUUGCGCAGAUGAUGUUCGCCAUUUUGACCGAGACGCAAUGGUGGAAGAUAUUCGGCGAGCUCGAGUGCCUCGCGCUUAUUAUAGGCUGCUUGUGCCACGACCUUGAUCAUCGGGGGACCAAUAAUUCUUUUCAAAUCAAGGCAUCAUCACCAUUGGCGCAGCUGUAUUCAACAUCUACGAUGGAGCACCAUCACUUCGACCAGUGCCUGAUGAUCCUUAACUCGCCCGGCAAUCAGAUCCUGGCUAAUCUAUCUUCCGAUGAUUACGAGAAAGUCGUUAAGGUCCUCGAAGACGCUAUCCUGUCCACUGAUUUGGCUGUUUAUUUCAGCAAACGCAAAGCUUUUAUCGAACUAGUGAGCCAGGAGCGCGUAGUGACGCCUGAGUGGGGAGAAUGUGAGCAACGCCGAGGCCUUCUCCGGGCGAUGCUGAUGACAGCUUGUGACUUGGCCGCUAUUACGAAGCCUUGGCCUGUGGAGCGACGCGUUGCGGCCUUGGUAGCAGGCGAAUUCUUCCGACAGGGCGAUUUGGAGCGUCAGAACUUGAAUCUUACUCCCAUUGAUAUAAUGAACAGAGACAAGGAGGACCAGCUCCCUGCUAUGCAAGUGAAGUUCAUCGAUACCAUUUGCCUGCCUAUCUACGAGGCAUUCGCUGUGCUCUCGUCGUCUCUGCAGCCCAUGCUUGAUCGAGUAAAGAGCAACAGAGCACAUUGGAUCGAAUUAGCUAACAAUGACAAAAAUAACGCAGAAAAGCUCGACUACGGCCUAGAUAAGGACCAAAUUGAGAAACAAGACAAAUCCAGCAUCAGUUCGCAGAACGUUGACGAUACUGAGACGACAUACGAGGGGGACAGCAGUGGGGCUGUAAGUCUUUCUUCAGAAACAAAUUCCAAAUACGAAAACCUCGAGAAUCCUGUAGUAGGUCUUCUCUGCAACAACGUUCUCCUCCCAAGAGACCCAAACAAGUUCUGCUAUAUGAACGACGUGAACUAAACCAAGCGGAUAUUGUUGCUUGUGAUAAAGCAAGUAUUUAGGGGAUUGCGUCCAAACCUCGUUUCAAAGGCCAAUAGCGAAGCCAACUCGUUCAUAUAGGACGUUAGGUUUUUUUUUAGUUUAUAAGGUAUGUACUGUCAACGUCUGCCCCGCACAACCCUGAAGGCUAAAAAUUAUUUUGUGCAGUUCUAUUGCAUUUCAGUUACGAAUUACGUUUUUUAUAUCCACAUCGUUGUUCCUAUUGGACUGUAUGAAACAGAGGUCGAUUACAGUGUAUAAAUGUUAACGUUUAAGUGUAUGCUCUUCAAGUGUGUUAAAGAGAGUUGUGUGAUAUUUGUGUAGUAAAUAGAAGAUUUUUAGUCGAAUUUGAAACUGAUGUAACGCGAGGCGUUGUCGAUAGAUUAUCGUAAUUAUUCAUGUUGCAUUACAUAUUGUAUCGGAGUUUUUUCAUUUUAGUUGACUUACCUCAUUUGUUUAAUCUUGUAUUUAAUUCUGUUAUGUGUCGCUAGUUUUUCGUACAAAUACACUGAAACAGAACUUUACAAUUUAUCUACGAUUUAUUUGAAUUCCGUUUAAAGACUACAGUCUAACACAUUUAAAAUGAAAUUAAGAAUAUACCAAAAACGAAACUUUGUGUAUAUAUUUUUUCUAAAUUAUUUUUCAUGUUUCCUGUCAAUGCUUUUGAUAGUAAAUAUAAAUUUAAAAAAAUUGUUGUAAUUAGUAUGAGAAAUGUCCCAUUAUAAUAUUGCAUAUCUCGGAUGUGAACAUUUUGGAACACCCGUACUUAUGUUAUGUAGAUGAUGUUAUUCAAAAGUGUAUAAUUUCAACCGCACAGCAUGUGUAAAUAAAUCGAUGUUUAAUGGAAUACUAACAAUGUUAUUUCGCUAAGUACUUAUUAUAAAUUCGGGUUUAUAUAUCAGUCACUAUUAUUUCUUGUGAAAAAAACUAUUUUUCCGAUUUUAAUAGGAACUUGCCUCGCAUUCAUUUGAAAAUAUUUUUGUAACUUAGACAGUUGUGGUACCCAAACAGAUAUCCAUUCCAUUAUCGUACCUUAUGUUUGUGUUGUCCAGAUUAAAAAUGUCAAUUAUAAAUAUUCAAAUUAUUAUAAUAAUCUUACUAUGCUUCAGGAAUCAGAAUAGAUUGCUUGGAAAGCAAUCUGCAGCUUCGAUGUUUAUAAACUUUUAAACGUUUCAACACCUCCUCCUAUUGCACAUAAUAUUGAAUUAAAACUUGGGGCGGAUUUUUUAAAUCUUACUAUGACCAAUAAAAAUUGUUCCACAAAAAUACGGAAUAAAAAAAGAAUAUUUUCUAAUUGGAAUUCUCUCUAUAAGCAUUAGAUAUUUACAUGAAGAAAAUCUCAAAUUAAUUGUGGUAAUAAAUAUGUACAAGUUUAACACAUUAAGAUUGCUGUAAGUAUUAUUAGAAGGUAAUUAGAUAAUUAAAUAAUU